GAGGAACAAUAGAAGGAGAACUGGGUCUGUGCUGGAAGGAGGAUGGAGGCUUCACCUUUGAUGGAGACAUCCGCCAAUUUGCCGUAACCUCCAACAUGCUUUACAUUGCCACAGAGGAGAGGCUGUACCAGCUGAGCCACAACCUGACUCUGAUCAACAGUCUGACCCAGAGAGGAAUCUUAAAGACCGGAAACAAGCAGGAUGAUGUGCAGUUUUAUCGGGUUUCUGACACAGCUGAGUGGAACGAUACUUUCAGCAUCAACGUGUUGUUGCCUUUCACAAAGAAUGACUCUCUGAUCAGCUGCGGUGGGACUGGCGAUGACUGCGGUCACUGCGAGGUUCUGGACCUGAAGAACAUCUCCAAGCUUCUGUACAGAGAACAGAUCCAGGUGGGGCCUCUGAAGAGCAGCAGCAGGUCAGUCAGCUUUCUGGUGGAUGUGAAGAAGAAAACAGAAAAUGACACGUAUAUUCUCACUGCGAUACAGAAGAAAGGGACGUUUGAAAAGAGGUGCCCUUCUGAUUCCGAAACUAUCAACCUUCAUAAUACAGAUAACAAACAGGGUGGAGGUAUAUUUUCUCUAACUGAUGGAGCUUCAGGCACACCUAGGAUUAAAAAUAAAGGUGAUGUGGAGUUUGUUGACGGGUUUCAGAUUAAAUCAACCAUCUAUCUGUUCUCCAACGUGCUCUCAGCUCAAACAAACAGAGUCCGUCUCAUUUGGGUCGAAGGCGAAAAAAGCAAAACUGACACACUCAAGUCUCUGCGGGGCGCAACUCUCAGUGUCUCUGACAGUGAAAGCAGCAGACUCGUGGCCUCCUCGGUCAUCCCGGGAGAGCAGCCGGUGCUUUGGAGCGGCGUGUUCAGUGUGGAUGGAGGAGACACCAACACCGAGCUGAUGGUGUUUGACAUCAGCCCUGAUUACAGCAGGAACACCGACAGAGAUCCAGACUUCUACACCUCUGUGCCAUCAGAAGUGACGCCAAAGAUCCUCAAACCAAAGGCAGUGAUUUUCAGGCAGAGCUACAUGACCUCAGUGCUGGCAGUGAGGCAGAGAGGCUGGAUGGUUUUCUAUAUUGGGACAGGAGACGGACACCUCAUUAAGCUGUCUGUGGACAGGAAGUAUCACGCUGCCUGUCCCACGGUGCUCUACAGGACCAGUGAUGACCGCAAAGAGUUUCUCAAAUUACAUCUGGAUCCAGUGGAUCAUAAACAUGUGUAUGUGCCAUUUAGAAACCAGAUGAAGCGAGUUCCUGUGUCAAACUGCAGCAUGUACACAAAUGUGCAGGAGUGUUGGUCUGCACAGGAUCCAUACUGUGGUUGGUGUGGCUCUAAAAGCAGCUGCACAUUUGAGGAUGACUGCACAGAUUCGGACUGGCUGUCCAUUCCUGAUGAGUCCCAACACAAAAUGAUUUCCCACAAAAUUGAAAAGGACACAAACGGACAGAUUUUAUUAAAAAUCCACACACACCUGACUGUGGGCCAGGAAGGGCCGUCUAACUUUGCCUGUCACUUCGCUGCAAGGUCCGGCUCGAUUUGUGCUUCGAAUAACCCUCCUCCACAGUUCCCACAAUGCACCUGCAUCCUGUCCGAUCGUACACUUCCUGCUGAUGGUCUGCAUGUCACAGUAAAAUUCAGACUUGGGACAUCACGACUGUCAGAACAACUGAGGUUAAACAACUGCUCUAACAUGAGUGGACCACCAAGUUUCAUGUUGUGUCGGCAGUGUGUCAAAGCUGGUUGUGGAUGGAGCAAAAACAGCUGUUCCUGGGCUAACCAAGGAGAGACUGAUGACAGAGUUUGCCACGAGUUGGAGUCUGGGAAGAGCUUCUCUAUCCCAGAGAUCUCCUCCAUCACUCCCAGUGUGGUGUCUUUCUAUGGGACAAACCAUGCAGUAUUAUUAGGUCGUAACCUUGGUGAUGUGACAGGAGUGAGGAUCCAGACGCACGCUGACUGUACUCCAAAAGAGUCUCCUGUUUGGGGCAACACUGAUAUCAGUCUGACGUUCCACAUUCCCAGCACACAUCUGAAAGGUGUGGCCAACGUAUGCGUUCUCCUCCCAGAUGGUAGUUGCCAUGGUGAUGCUAACAUCACUUACCGCUCUUCGCCAUCCUGUGGCAACAUCACUCCAAGCAGCAGCUGGAUGAGUGGGAAGAGGAAGCUCACACUCAUGGGGUCUCACCUGGACCUUGUUGAAGGGGUCGUACACAGCCACGACGAGCAGGACAUCAAGCUUCCCAUCAACAGCAGCUAUCAGAGUCUCAGCUAUGACGCACCUGCAGCUGAAAACACUUCGAUGAUUUCUAGCAGCACUGUGUUACUAAAAGCAGCCAAUGAAACUUUAGCCUGCUCUUUAAACAUCACCUACUAUCCAGAGCCUGAGUUUACCAGCUUCACAGCCAUAAGGACAGGAAACAAUGUCCGCAUCACCUUAAAGAAAAAGUCAGACAAACUGGAGAUGUCAAAAGACGAGUUAUCAGUGUGGGGCGUUCAAGACAAACAGGAAUACGGUUGUAUCCUGGAGGCCAAAGAAACCAGUAAAGACACUGACUCCUUCAGCUGUGAGAUUAAAGGGCUACCCAACACACGAUUCCAAAAGUUAAAGAUAAAGUAUGGUGACAAGACAAUAAGCCUCAGUGAUUCUUCAUCACACCGUGCCUCUCCAAUACUGCUUUCCCUGCUGAUAAUUGGACAUAUUGCCAGUGGCUAUCUGUCUAUGGCGGAAGAGACGCCCAGGGAGAUGAAUGGAUUUUGACCAAUGAUGCCCCUCUCUGUGUUCAAGUGUUUUCUUGUUAUGUCUAUUUGAUUAUUAAAUCACUUUGAUAAAUAAAUCUUCCUUGUUUAAAAAUGUG